AUGGGGGAGUCGGAGGGGGGCCCUGCUCCCUGCGGCGAGUUCAGCUGCUGCAAGUGCGAACUGGUUCUGCCCCUGACCGAAAAGGACACUUCGGACGAUGAGAAGAACAAGACCCAGUGCAAGCUCUGCAAGAGGGCUUACAAGGCGCUUACGCGGCGCUGGCAGAAGAACAAGAAGUUGCAGGCGUGGUGGAACAGCAAGUCCAAGGAUGCACAGAUUGAAUGGUAUCAGACGGCCCGCCGAGAUAAUGUAGACAAGAUUGGCAACCAAGAGCUGAAGCUCGACCUCGAGAUGAUCGAGACUAAGGGCACUGAGUCUCGGAGGCGGGUGCACUACAAGCCUUUCGACCAGUACAAGAAGGACUUGUUCAUGGAAGGGUUCAGCACGCUGAUCGCCCAGCAGAACGAGUUCAGGCGCCGCACGCAGGACCCGAAGUACAUGGUUCGAAAAAUUGGCGGGGAAUACCACAUCGGGGAGUACAUGGGCGUCGUCGAGGACGAGUUGCAUGGGCAGCUUGCCGUGAACAAGGUUCGGUCCACGGCGAAGCAGUUCACCAGCGCCGAAGAGUUGGCUGAGGAGCGGGAGCGGUUGCAGGGGCUCUUCCAGGAAGCGGGGUCUGCCAUUACCGAGGCGUCGUCCAGCGUUGGCGUCGGAAGCGUCACUGAGAAUGUGCUGGGCGACAUGCCGCAAUCCUGGAUCGCUGGAUUCAUCGAGGAGGGGGAGGCCACCUCCAUGCCCGAUAGCUGCCGCAUCUUCGACCUGUUCCACAAGGACCUCGAGUCCAAGAGGGAGCAGGUGGAGCGCGAGCUCGAGGAGGCGUUCGAGGCCGAGAUGUUCGAGGGCCCCCAGAAGUACGUUGACCCUUUGAUCGCCCGCUCCACCUUGUCAGAGGCGAUCGAGAAGGCCAAGGGGAAGGCGUCUUCCUUGCACGACAGCGCCGAGCUCGAGCGCACGGUGACCAUCGACGAGCUCAAGCAGCGCCUCGGCCUUGGAGAAGCAGCUCUGGAAGGCGACUGGGCCGAACUCGUGAAGCGCAUGGAGGUGGCCAAGAAGGAGUCAGAGAAGGCGAAGGAUGAGUUGAUCACAUCAGGCGACGAGAUGCUUGAGAGUGCGAAGGGGAACCCCGACUUUGAUUUCGCGAAUGCCAAGGCCACGCUGAAGCAGUUGGUGGCUGAUUACACUAAGCCAGAGGGCGCCUACCGUCGCUUCAAGAAGACCAUCUCGGACUCUCAGCGCAGCAUCUCGAAGCAGUUGGCCACGGAGCUGCGCACGUCCACUGCAAAGCCGCCGAAGGCCCGCGCCGACUUGGGCACUGGUGGCUCUGGCGGGGCAGAGAGCGCGAAGAGCUUCGCCGAUAUCUUAGGCGCCUACUUCACGUCUGUGCAUGAGUCGCCAGUGGGGUGCACAUCGUCUCUUCAGGAGGCUGAUUGGCAGCGUGGCGCUCUGAUUGUUGGGACCGAGUUCGAGGCGAAGGUGGCUG